CAAGUAAUGAAGGUCGGGAAAUGACUAUAUAAACUGGGGUGAAUGCUACUCGAAUUACAUUGUUCAGUUGUACUCAACAAGAUCUCAACUAUGAACGCCUUGAUCCUUGCUUUCUUCGCCACCUUGGCAGUAGCAACCGCCGCUCCUUCUGGUUGGGGCUUGGGUUGGGGAGGACAUGGAGUCCUUGCUGGACCAGCAGCUCUUGGAGCUGUAGUAGCAGGCCCUGUAGCCCAUGGAGCAGCUGUAGUGGGACCAGUGGUUCCUGGAGCGGCUGUUGUAGGACCCCAUGCUGGUGGUGCUGCCGUAGUAGGACCCGUUCAAGGUGCAUCCUCUAUUGUAGGACCUUCUGCUGGCCCCUCUGCUGUUGUUGGACCCGUUAACCACGGUGCUGCUGUUGUUGGACCCACCAACCAUGGAGCUGUGAUCACUCCCGCUGUAGCUGCUCCUGCUGUUGUUGCUGGUCCAGCUGUUGGUCUCGGUGUUGGUGCUCUCGGUCUUGGUGCCGGUGUUUGGGGAGGACAUGGUGGAUGGGCUGCAGGUCAUGGUGGAUGGGGAGGUCAUUGGUAAACACUGAACAGCAAUAUUGUCGACUUGUAAAUAUUUCAGUAAUAUUUUAGUCUGCAUAGAACCUAUAGAGCAUUGACUCUAAGGGUUUUUCUUACUACAAGUAUUGCUGAAAAUUUUUACAUUUUUGGAACAUAACGAAACUCGCCUCAGAUUUAUUGUAAAUUCUGUAUAGUCUGUUAUUUAUUUGCAAUAUUUGCUCAAUAAAGAGUCUAUGUAUUCUCA